CGUUCACAGUUCACGCCUCGUCCACUUCUAAUUUCUAAUCCAUGUUUGUCUUGUCUUUGCUUUUAACUUUUUUCCCCUUCUGUCAAUGACCCAAAAACUCCUUUCGCUCCUUCGCUAAUCUACAAGUCAAAACCUCUGCGACCUCAUGGAUUCCCUUCAAGCCACCUACAGAGAGGAAGAGGAAGAGGAAGAACAACAGCAACCCAACAACAGCAUCACCAACCACAGUCCUCCCACCCCCCCUCCUCCUCCCCCCACCACCACCAGUAGCAGCAGUCCUAUUGAACUCGAAGAACACCAAAACGGCACAGACCCACAUCAAGGCGACACUGAAAUAACUCCAAUUAACAACACGACAGCCAACCAACAACCUCAACAAGAGGACGCCUUUGUAUCAGCCUCUGAAUCUCUCUCCGAAUCAGACCACCCGACAACCUCAAACGACACCGAGAAACCCACACCUAAAUCUCCCAAAAUUGAAGACACUGAAAUUGAAGACGAUGAAGAUGAAGAAGACCCACCGCCUAAAAAACAGAAACAACUCUCCUCUUUAACACAGAAACAAGAGCCACCCGAACCAGCGAUAACUGCAGAAAUCGAAAACAACAAUGGAGCCUUCGAGUUCAAGAAACCAACCAAAAUCACCCCAACAACAACAAAGAAAAAGAAGUCGAAGAAAAAGAACAACAAUAAUGUCUGGGUUACAAGAUCCACACGCAAAGGCAAGAAAAAAACAAAACCAAACCCGCAAAACACUCCAUCAGAAGACACUGUCUUAAUCACUCCAGCCCCAAGAUUCCCUGACAAAAGCGACGACUCCCCAGACUUAAAAAUCUGCUUAUCUAAAGUAUAUAAAGCAGAGAAAGUCGAAGUGAGCGAAGAUAGAUUGAGUGCAGGGAGUGCCAAGGGGUAUAGAAUGGUGAGAGCUACAAGAGGGGUAUGUGAAGGAGCUUGGUAUUUUGAAAUUAAAGUUGUUACUUUAGGAGAAACCGGACACACACGACUUGGGUGGUCUACGGAGAAAGGGGACUUACAGGCACCAGUUGGAUAUGAUGGAAAUAGUUUUGGGUAUAGAGAUAUUGAUGGGAGUAAAGUGCAUAAGGCAUUGAGGGAGAAAUAUGGCGAGGAAGGGUAUAAAGAGGGGGAUGUUAUUGGGUUUUAUAUUAAUUUGCCGGAGGGGGGGUUGUAUACUCCUAAGCCUGCUCAUUUGGUUUGGUAUAAAGGGCAGAGGUAUGUUUGUGCUCCUGAUGCUAAGGAAGAUCCUCCCAAGAUUGUUCCUGGAAGUGAGAUAUCUUUCUUCAGAAACGGAGUAUGUCAAGGUGUUGCGUUCAAGGAUUUAUUUGGUGGCUGUUACUACCCCGCUGCUUCAAUGUACACUCUCCCUAAUCAGCCAAAUUGUGUGGUCAAGUUUAACUUCGGCCCUGAUUUUGAAUUCUUUCCAGAGGAUUUUGGAGGACGCCAAGUUCCCAAGCCUAUGAUUGAUGUUCCAUACCAUGGGUUUGACAACCGUGCUGAAAAUGGUGUGAGCGAUGAGAAGAAACAUUAGCAAGUAACCUUUUUACCAUCUGCAGAGUUGGGAGGUUGAUUUGAAUGAGCAUUCUAUCAAUAAUUUUAGUUACUGAUAUAUUAGGACUGACAAGUGAACUGAUUCAGUUUCUGUGAACUAACAUUUUUUUUAGAAGAUAAAAAGAGAGUUGAUUUCUGCUUGUGAGAUGUGAUUUUAUUUCAUGAGCCCAAUGGUACCCCAGUACUGUUUCUUGGUAUGGAUUGGUUUUUGUUGAUGAGAAGUAUUAUUAGCUUACAACAGCA